AUGGUCUCUUCGGCUGCCCACCUGCUGCUCCUGGCCAUGAUUAUUCUCCUGCUGGGAUCACCAGCUGCCCGAGCAUUCCAACCGGGACAGAGUCAGAUGGGAGGGGACUCUGAGAAGCUCCUAGACCAAGAGAGUAGAGCAGGAGCUGUCCCCUCUGCUCCUGUGGAAUCAGCCCUGGUCUCUGGCUAUGUGCGUCUGAACCUCUCAGACUACACCUGGCCGCUGGUACUCUCCAGAAUCCGGACUCUCCCCGCUGCCUUGGCCUCCGCUUCCCCAAGAACCCUCACUGGCCUCAGUCUCACAACAGAGUGCAGUGUCAACCUUGAGGGGCAUAUUGAUUGUGCUUGUCUCUCUGGGUACCAGUGGAAUGCCACCACCUGCUCCCAUCAUCGUUCCUGCCGAGCCCCUCACACCCACCAGCCUUGCAGUUGUCUUGUCUUCAACCACCCUGAACCUGAGUCCUGCCAGCUGCUGCCGCCUGGAAGAAGUGAGCUCUCCAGGGAUCCCCUAAUCUCCUGCCUUCCUGCAGUCCCGGGAAACCUGAGCCUGAACUCCCCGCUGCAAAUGCCUGGUGACACUCUGAACCUGACUCUUCUCAUCAGCCAGGAGGCCACCAACCUGAGCUGGUUCCUGAGGCCUCCAGGGAGCCCCAGACUGGUCCUCCUGCAGCCAGGGACACAGGUGUCCCUGACCUCCAGCCGGGACCAGGCUGCCCUCAGCAUCACCAACAUGUCCCACCACUGGGCAGGUGAGUACGUGAGCUGCUUCGAGGCCCAGGGAUUCAAGUGGAACCUGUACCAGGUGGUGAGGGUGCCCUUGAAGGUGACAGAUGUGACUCGACUCCCAGACCAGCUCUCCAUCUCCUGCGCCACCUCCCCAGGCUUCCAGCUGAGCUGCUGUAUCCCCAGCACGGACCCAGCAUACAUGGCUGCCUGGAGCCCCAGAGAGGACAGCAAAGCCUUCUUAUUGAACACGUCAGGGUCUCAGUGCCUCAUGCUGACUGUUCGGCGCUGCCCAGCAGCUGACACCACAUAUACUUGUGACCUGCAGAGCCAAGGCCUUGCUCCCCUGAGGAUCCCUGUCUCUGUCACCAUCAUCCAGGAUGGAGAUGUCACUUGCCCUGAGGACUCCUUAGGUGUCACCUGGAAUGUCACCAAGGCUGGCCAUGUGGCACAGGCCCCAUGUCCCAUGAACAAGAGGGGAGUGGUGAAGAGGCCCUGUGGGCUUGAUGGGGUCUGGGGGUCCAUCCACAGCAGCUGCACAGAUGAGAGGCUCCUGGCCUUGUUUGCUAGAGCCAAGCUGCUGCGGGCAGGCCAGGGCAGGCCUGAAGCAGAGGUGCCACUGAUCCUGAGGGAGCUGUCAGGGGUGGUGGCAGGGGCAAGCUCAGCCUCUGACCUACUGGUUGCAGUGGGCAUCAUGAGAUGCCUGGCUGAGGUAACCACAAAGGCCAGAGUACAGCUUGCCCGCAGUGCCAUGGAGAAUCUUCUGACAACCACAGACAAGAUUCUAGACAUGGACACCAGUUCUCUGUGGACCCCGGCCCAGGCCAAGAAGCCCCGGGUGGGCUCAACUCUCCUGCUGGCUGUGGAGACCCUGGCACACAGUUUGUGCCCACAAGAUCACCCUUUCACCUUCAGCUUGCCCAAUGUGCAGCUGCAGACCCAGCUCCUUGGACCCACAUUUCCUACAGACUACAAGGUCUCCUUCUCCACCCGGCCCCCUCUGCAGGCCCAAAUUCCCAGGCACUCACUGGCCUCACUGAACCAUAAUGGAACUCAAGUCAGUAUAACUAGCCUGGUGCUACAAAAACUGGACCACCUUCUGCCCUCAAACUAUGGGCAAGGGCUGGGGGGCUCCCUCUCCACCACUCCUGGCCUGGUUCUUGUCAUCUCCAUCAUGGCAGAUGGCAAGACCUCCACACAGGGAGAGGUUAUCAUGGACUUUGGGCACACAAAAGGUACUCCUCAUUGUGUCUUCUGGGAUCACAAUCUCUUCCAGGGCAAAGGGGGUUGGUCCAAAGAAGGGUGCCAGGCCCAGGCAGCCAGCACCAGCCCGAACACUCAGUGCAUCUGCCAGCACCUCACUGCCUUCUCCAUCCUCAUGUCCCGACAUGCUAUUCCAGAAAAUCCUGCCCUGACACUGCUGAGUCAGCUGGGCUUGGGUACUUCCAUACUGGCGCUGCUCAUGUGCCUGGGCGUGUACCGGCUGGUGUGGAGAGUCGUGGUGCGGAACAAAGUCGCCUACUUCCGCCAUGCUGCCCUGCUCAAUGUGGUGCUCUGCUUGCUGGCAGCAGACACCUGCUUCCUGGGAGCCCCGCUGCUCCCUCCAGGGUCCCGCAGCCCACUCUGCCUGGCUGCUACCUUCCUCUGUCAUUUCCUCUACCUGGCCACUUUUUUCUGGAUGCUGGCACAGGCCCUGGUGUUGGCCCACCAGCUGCUCUUUGUCUUCCGGCAGCUGUCCAAGCACCAAGUCCUCCCCUUGAUGGUGCUCCUUGGCUACCUGUGCCCCCUGGGGUUUGCAGGUGUCACCCUGGGUCUCUACCUACCUAGAGGGCAAUAUCUGAGGGAGGGGGAGUGCUGGUUGGAUGGGAAGGGAGGGGCUGUCUACACUUUUGUGGGGCCAGUGCUGGCCAUUGUAGGUGUGAACGGGCUGGUACUAGCUAUGGCUGUGCUGAAGUUGCUGAGACCUUCGCUGUCCGAGGGGCCUCCCACAGAGAAGCGCCAAGCUCUUCUGGGGGUGAUCAAAGCCCUGCUCAUUCUCACGCCCAUUUUUGGCCUCACCUGGGGGCUGGGCCUGGCCACUCUGUUAGAAGAAGUCUCCACAGUCCCUCAUUAUAUCUUCACUGUUCUCAACACUUUCCAGGGUGUCUUCAUCUUACUGUUUGGUUGCCUUAUGGACAAGAAGGUGCAAGAAGCUUUGCGCAAACGCUUCUGCCACACCUGGCCCCCCAACUCCAUUGUCUCCUUGGCCACAAAUGAAAGCUACAUUUUGGACUAUAGGAAAGGAGGAAGCGAAACUGCCAGGUGA